AUGGACGUCCCCACUCUGGUGGAAAAGGAACACCGGGUUUCCAAAGUGGACUUUUCGUAUCUUGUAUCACAACUAUCUCCGUCUCCCGGUGCCUGGUCUCCACCGAGAAAAUCGAGCCAACCUGACCUUGAGGAGUUCAUAGACAUGGACAACGAGUCAACCCAUUCUGAGAAGUUCGAGUAUAAGGGAGAAACAGUGCACGGUAUCCUGGAACAUGCACGAACAAGAAGCGCUGAUUCAAAACAUUCAAGUAUAUCAUUGAACAAUUCCAUAUUGUCAAUCAAGAAUGAAUCGCACAACACAUCCUCCUCUUUCCUUAAUUCAUCCGUACCCACCAAUGACAUCCUAAAUAAUUCUUCUUUCAAUGAACCAUUUGUAGAGCAAAAUCAAGUUGAGGAUCAUACACCAAUAGUACACCAACAACAACACUUUGAUGAUUCCACGCCUGUUCCAGCUAGACGCCAAACAAUAGAUAACGAUGAUUUGAAGCUAUCCAGUGAAGUCAUAACGAAUAUAUUCGCUGAAGAUUCAAUGACCAUGCUAGAGCCAGAGUCGAAAAAUCAAAGCCGUAUCCAAAGUACAACAUCUUCAAUUUAUAGUGCUCUACCAAAUAGAAUCCAAAGUACUACAUCUUCUAUGUAUUCUGAAAUUCCUGGUCACAAAUCUGUAGAUAUUACCGACGGACUGAAAAAAUUUAGGAUAUCCUCUAUGAAACCACAGUUGCACAAACAUACCAGUCAACCGCUUGAAAACCUAGAAGAAGUUAAUGAAGAAGUGGAAUUUCAAGAUAAUGUCACUUCCAAGUAUGAUUCACUAGUGGAUGAUCAGCCUUUGGAUUUUACCUCUCCCACUCCUUCAGUUGGACAACCAACAUUUCCACCUAAUACAGCACCUAGAGUGUCGGUACUAGAUCAAUCCAUUUACAAAAAUAAAGGUGAACCAGCUCAGUCGAAGACCUUAUCAUCAGUUCAAUCACAGCAAAAUAUUGAAAAAAUGAUGGAUAAAACUGGAUCUUCCAAAACUGAAUUAUUUGAUAAUUAUGAGAUGACUGAAGAAAGUAGAAGAGAUGAAACAGAAGACGAAGAUGAAGAUACCUCCGCUCUUUUUGUUACUGCUAUUUAUGCAUUCAAUGCAGAUAGCUUGGAAUCGGAGAAUGACUCCUCAAUCUGUCUAUCGUUUGAUCAGGAUGAAAUAGCGUUUACCUAUAAUUUAGAUGAUUCGGGAUGGGGUGAGGUAACGUUGUUGUCUUCACUAAAACGGGGUUGGGUUCCAAUGAACUAUUUCAAAUCCACCGUAACUUCUGGUAUUCAGGACAUUGAAUUAAAAAGCUUAUCACCUAGAGACCUUGCAGAAACCCGGGCUCCAUUAAAGUUACUACUGAAACAUGCUGGUACAUUUUUAUUGAACCCUCAGUCAAAACCUGUAUACAUCAAUGGUGAACUACGUGGAUAUACCUUUGAUGUUGAGUGCUUUAAUGGAAUGACCGAUGGUGUCCGAAAACUGUUAAUUGACACCAACUGUAUUUCAAGAUCGAAUUCGGUUGUUCAAUCGAAACCAGUCGUUAGAAAAAUGAGAAAAAAACUCUUACGUGGUUGGGCCGACCUUAUCGGUAAGGGCAAAGAUUACAUGGGGACUAUAGCAAGUUCCAAGAUUGAAUAUUUGCAACUCCUCACAUUUCAUUUAUUGCAAAAGGCUAUCACGUUUUUAGAUAUUUGGAGAUUAGAACAGGAGAGGUUGGACGAGGAAACUCAGCAACUACCUCAAAGAGUGGAUAAAAACAGAACAACUCUUGCCUGGGAUUCGUUUGAGUCCGUUAACUUGAACAUCCUAUACCUCGAAAAGCCUCCGAUUCUUUCUUACAGAAUUAACGAAAUCUACAAUCAACUAAUAACCUAUUUUUGCUUAAUUGCCGGAAGAAUUGAUUUGGUCGAACAUAAUCCAAAGAGUUUUCAAGUUGUUGCAACUGUUACAGGGCACAUUAAUCUGUUAAUCAAUGAGUAUUUUUUUAUCAUUAAACUCUUGAAAAGUACAAUGAACGAACAAGAUAGCGAGAAAAGGUUAUCCAUGAAUUUAACUAAAUAUGGGAAGCUGACAUCAAAUAUGAAUUUGAAAACACAGAUGAAAAAACUUGAUUUGCAGACAGAAAAGUUGAGACAAAUGGUCGAAGAAUUGAAUACGUACAUCAAGAUAUUGCAUGAUUCUGCCAAAAAAGAGAUGUUCAACAGAGGAACUAAUUUCAAUGCUACCGAAGUCAACAAUAAUUUGUAUUUCUAUUCUCGGGAGGGUGGUGCUGUCGUUGUGUGUGCAUGUAAAAUGAUUGAACUGUGUUCUAGCAUAUACUACAUAAUGAAGAAUUCAAUAAGCUUUGACGAUUCAAUGCUGCUACCUCAAAGCAGAAGAUAUCCAAAUUACCUCAAAAUGAGUGUUACGCCUGAAGAGUUUAUUAAAAAGUGCUCUUCUGCACUAGCUAAUGACUCUAAUAUUCAAAAACAAGUGAGUAAGUAUAAGAGAGAAUCAAUUGCGUUGAAUUCCAAGCCUGAAAAACUGAGAGAGAAUGUCAAUCGAGUCAGUCAACAAUACUCUAUCUUUAAGAUGGGUAAUUCGACUGAUGUGCAACUAAGUUCUGCAGGUCUAGACUUUUUGUCUCACAUUAAUUCUGAUGAACAAUCGAACUUUUUAGCCGAUGACCUUGAGACAGACUUACAGGCCACAGAGCUUUCAGACUUAGAAUUCAAUGUUGAAAGCGAACUUAUUAGAAGUCAGACGGAUGGCAAAAUUAUUGGUGCUUCCUUCAGAGCGUUGGUUUAUUUAUUGACGGAUGAGAGUAAUCCACCUGAUUAUUUUUUUAUCAAUGCUUUCUUUUUGACUUUUAGGAUUUUUGCGGACAGUACUCAGUUAUUGGAGGCUUUAAUCAGAAGGUUUGAUGUGAAUGAUGACUACAAAAACAGAUUGAAUGAUGGCACAGGAAAAUUCACUGAGAUCAAGGUGAUGAAUAAAAGAAAGCUAGUGGCUAAAAGCUUUAGAUUUUGGCUUGAAAGUUAUUGGAAUUCAAAGAAUGAUUAUUCUUUGUUAGCUCCACUAAUGAACUUUUUCAAUGAAGGUAUGAAGAACUUCCUACCUAUUGAGAGCUAUCAGUUACUAGUCACAGCGUCUAAAUUAAUUGGGAACCCACCAAUAGAAAAUAAUGACGACAGGUUGAACUUUUACAACAACUUUUCCAAUAACGAACAAUUACUACCAAGAAAGAUUUCUUCAAAAUUGCACCAAAAAACAUUGAAAAAUAUGUCUCUUGGUGCCAAUCCUAAUGGUUUGCUUACUGAGAUUGAAGCAUAUAACGCUUUUUUGGAUGAUGUUGAAACUUAUGACCUCGAAAAGAUCGACGAAGCUCCGAUUGAAAAUAAUUCACGUCUUUCGUUGAGCUUAAACUUAAACAUCGAACUAAAGAAUUCAGGCUCUAAUUCUGUAUUAUUGACUCCGCAACAAAUUUCGAUGAUCAGAAUGAUAAUCAUGUCGUACCGCCGUAUGUUAGGAACUCACUGGUAUAAGAAGCAUAUUGAAAAUCAAUUUGAGCCACUGGACACCAAAACCUUAAUUGAUUCAUGGUGGAGUGCUUCCCAAGAAAGUUGGAAAAUUCUAAAUGACGACCUUACUUUACUCAAUUUUAACGGUUUAGAAAUAGCUAAGCAAUUGACUCUUAUUGAAUCCAAACUUUUUUGCUCUAUUCAAGUAGGUGAGCUACUGAAUCAAAAUUUCACGACCAAAAAGUUACAUCUUAAUUUAUCACCAAAUAUUCAGAAAUCAAUUUUGUUUACCAACCUGCUAUCUGAUUACGUUAUUGAGAGUAUUUUAAAACCAGACUUGAAAAUGAGGCAACGGAUCCAUGCAUUCAAAUGUUGGUUGAAAAUCUCGAUUUCAUGUCUCUAUUUGAGGAACUUCAAUUCGUUAGCCUCUAUUAUGACUUCAUUACAAAGUUUUCUAAUUACACGUAUAUCAGCAAUCUGGGAAGGACUUACAGAGAAAUAUAAAGAAUUGUUCCAUUAUCUUGCAUCGAUCAUUCACCCAAACAAAAACUAUAGUGCUUAUCGUGACAGACUGCGUGAUUUUUUGUCCACGAACGAGCAAGAUAAUAUUGACAUUCCAAUAGUUCCUUAUCUUUCUUUAUUCUUACAAGACUUGACGUUUAUUGUCGACGGUAAUCCAAAUUAUCGUACAAAUAGCAAAUCAUUUUUAGAUGAGAAAUUGAUUAAUAUAGAUAAGUAUCUGAAGAUCACAAGAAUUGUUAGUGACAUUCAAGCAUUGCAGAUUUCUUAUAAAGAUGUUGGUGAGUUAGGUCAAUUGUAUAAUGACAAGAAUACUGAUAUCAUUCGAUCUGAGACAAUCAAAAACCUGAAGGAACAAUUAGGUGGUACUGAUAAUAUGAUAUCAUUUGCCGACAUGUUUGACAUUUACGGGGUCCCAAUUUUACAGGAAUUGAUUUUACUGGAAAUUUGGAAAGUAAAGCAGACAAAUGCACGAGACGACGAUAGAAGUUGGAAAUUGAGUUGUGCAAUUCAACCAAGAGACCUAAACGGUUAA